AUGGCGGAUGUGGAUGGGACCCACUGGGCGACGAAGGACAUCGUCUACACGUCCAUCGUGGGCUUCGUGAUGUUGGCGGCCAUUCUCGAAUGGUUUUUAUGGAUCGCUGCGUUUCUGUACUGUCUCUGGAAGGUCUUCAUCAAAGCCGAGCACUGGUCCAUUCGAGUUCUGGCAGUCAUUGUUGGGGUCCUGUUUACAUGCUUCAGAGCAAUUUUCCUUCCGAUCAUGAUCGUCACACUGCCGCUUCCAAGUGCUGUCGUCAAGUACUGGCCCCAAAGCAUGGUUGACGUCCUGCAAUGGUUCGCCUUUUGGAGUUUCGCUGGGCUGCUGACCAUCCCCUGGUUGUUCUGCGUUUACCAGUUGGUCACCAAUCAGCUUGGCAGGAAGAAGAGGAUCAAGCAGGUUCUCGACGAAGUCUCGGCCCCUAAAGUAGUCAUUGUCAUGCCGGUCUACAAGGAGGACCCCGAUGUUCUUGUUGUCGCCAUCAACUCGGUCGUCGACUGCGACUACCCGCCGUCGUGCAUCCACGUCUUUUUAUCAUUUGAUGGUGAUCAGGAGGACGAACUCUACUUGAACACCUUGGACAAGAUGGGCGUCCCAUUGACUCUCGAGACCUACCCCAAGAGUAUUGACGUUACCUACAAGUCCGCCCGCAUCACCAUCUCUCGUUUCCCUCACGGCGGAAAGCGUCAUUGCCAGAAGGCUACUUUCAAACUCAUCGACAAGGUCUACGAACAUUACCUCAAGAGAAACGACAAUCUGUUCAUCCUCUUCAUCGACUCCGAUUGUAUCCUCGACCCUACCUGCCUACAGAACUUCGUUUACGACAUGGAGCUGAGCCCCGGCAACAACAGAGACAUGCUAGCGAUGACUGGUGUCAUUACGUCUACGACUAAGAAGCAUAGCUUGAUCACCCUGCUCCAAGACAUGGAAUACAUCCACGGCCAACUUUUCGAACGUACUGUCGAGUCGGGAUGCGGCGCCGUUACUUGCCUUCCCGGUGCCUUGACAAUGCUUCGGUUUUCUGCAUUCCGCCGCAUGGCCAAGUACUAUUUUGCCGACAAAGCCGAGCAGUGCGAAGAUCUCUUCGACUUUGCCAAGUGUCAUCUGGGAGAGGAUCGUUGGCUCACCCAUCUGUUCAUGAUCGGAGCCAAGAAGCGUUACCAGAUCCAGAUGUGCACAUCGGCCUUUUGCAAGACCGAAGCUGUCCAGACGAUGACGUCGCUCAUCAAACAACGCCGACGUUGGUUUUUGGGUUUUCUCUCCAACGAAGUGUGCAUGCUUACUGAUUGGCGUCUCUGGAAGCGCUACCCUAUCUUGCUCCUCAUCCGAUUCAUGCAAAACACCAUCCGUACCACUGCCCUGUUGUUCUUCAUCAUGGUACUUGCCAUCAUAACGACUUCCAAGAAGGUUGAUAACUUGCCGGUUGGAUUCAUCGCCAUCUCACUUGGACUCAACUGGCUCAUGAUGCUGUACUUUGGUGCCAAGCUCAGACGAUUCAAGAUCUGGCUGUACCCGGUUAUGUUCAUUCUCAACCCUUUCUUCAACUGGUUUUACAUGGUCUAUGGUAUAUUCACCGCUGGGCAGAGAACGUGGGGAGGACCCAGGGCCGACGCUGCCACCGCCGACACUUCUACCACCGCCCAACAAGCCAUCGAGCAAGCGGAGGAGGCCGGAGACGACCUCAAUGUUGUGCCCGAAAGUUUUAUCCCUGCUGCUGAAGCCAGGAAGGAGAGCAUUGCCGGUGGUAAGGGCAAUAUGGGUCCUAUGGGCCGCAAGCACAGCGUAGUCCAGCCGCCAGCAAACAUCGAGGGACGCUUUGCGGCCAGAGAGAAGACAUCGAGCGGUUUCUACGUCAACGCCGACGACUCCCAGGUUACGGUCAACCGGACCGGUCCUAGCGGGUUCGGUCCUUCGUGGGCCUUACAGUCUCGCGAUUCGUUCGAUAGUAUGGUAUCGGCGCAGACUGCUGGCAACUCUGUCUACAUGCCUCGUCGCGUGGAGAGCAUUAUGGGAGAGGAGGACAGGAAGAAGUAUGAGCUCGCACAACAAGGGCAAUUCAACCAGUUCCUGGCCAACUCGAAACGCUUUGGGGCGCAGACGUCAGCGACUGGCCAAGUAUACGAAUACUCGGAUUCCGAAAUGAAGCGAGCCGGAUUCCAAGACGCACCCGAUCCGUUGGAAGGCGGCGGCCAGGAACACACAGAUAACAUGAGGAUGGGAACCGUCGACAACAGCCUCUCUAGGCCCCAGUCCGGAGAAGGUCCGCCGUCGAGGCAAGGAACCACGACAACGACAACGACAACGACAUCGCACUCAAUGUCAACGACGCACUCUGCCCGCAGCGGCCGAAGCCCACUUGCACGAGCCAGCCUUGUCCGCACCAUCCAACUCGAAGACGUGCCGUCUGAGGGUGAGAGCUCGACCAGCGGCAAAAACAGUCGUGACCACUCGCCCAAGGCUGGACGAUAA